AUGCCAUCGAUAUCCCCACAGAAGCUAGAAAGGGUAUUCGAUAUACUUGCUGAGAGAGAGACAGCAAGACUACAAGCAUCCCAAUCGUCAAUAUCACAUAGAUUGGACAGAGUGUCUGAGAAACUUGCUAAGAGAGAUGCGUCGAGUAUACCAUCGUCUCAAGCACCUCGUCCAUCAGACGAACAAUCAUUUUAUUCAGUCCGCAACUCGAUCCAGCAUAGACAAGAUAACCGAUACUCGAAUAUUCUAGCUUAUGAUCGUACAGCUGUGUCUGUAGAAGGAAAAUACCUGAACGCAAAUGUGGUGAGCGAUGGUAAAGGUGGCACAUGGAUAGCUGCGCAGGCACCCCCACCUCGCGCUUUCGACACGUUCUUUCGAGCGCUAUACACCGGUGCAGCUACCGGCAGAAAAUCCAAGAAUGUCAUGGUGAUUCAGCUCACAGGAUGGGAAGAAAGAGGAAUGAUCAAAGCAGAUCCAUACAUGUAA